UUCCCUCUUUUCCUUUUGUGAUCCUCAACAAAAACAAAAGUCUAUAAGACUAAAAAACUACACUAGAACAAUAUUAUUUCUAUCACAACCACAUAGAUAGUGUGACACAAUGAGUGCCCUUGGAAUUUCAGGUUUGGCUCACUUGUUUGGCAUAUUAUCCAUCAUUCUUCUACUUGUUUGGUUGUUGCAUUACCGCGAAGGCAUUGACUAUGAUUCGGACGAUGGAUUUCAAGUCUUCAAUGUUCACCCUUUAAUGAUGUUCUUGGGAUUUAUUUUCCUUGUUGGUGAAGCUGUUAUGGCAUUCCAAACGGUACCAAGGGAAAGACAUAUGGGGAAGUUUGUUCACAUGACACUGCAUUUGAUUGCUUUAAUUUUGGGCAUAGUUGGUCUGUGUGCCGUUUUCAAGUUCCAUAAUAUGCGAAACAUUGACGAUAUUUACAGUCUUCAUUCAUGGAUUGGAAUUGGCACCUUCUGUUUGUUUGGUUUGCAGUGGCUUUUUGGUUUCAUCGUGUUCGUGUUUCCGGGAGCACAAGAUGCAACAAGAAGGAAAGUGCGACCAUGGCACAAGGCUAGUGGUAGAGUAUUACUUCUCAUGGCAAUUUGUGCUGCAGAAACAGGAUUAAUGGAGAAGUCUGGUUUCUUAAAUUUGAAGCCAUAUCAGAGAGAAACUAAUUUGGUCAACUUCACGGGUCUUACUAUUCUCUUGUUUGGAGUUUUUGUCAACAUGUCUGUUGAUUUUCGUUAGAAAGAUGCUAAAACACACUUUUUAAUUAAUGUAUAUAAAUGCAUUAUUUCUAAUUAUAUGGAUUUUAUUUGGGGGAGAGUAUUAACAACAUUUGUAACACUUGUUUUCGUUGAAUCUUUUUAUUUUUAGUUUGGUAUUGAUAGUUGUAAUUGUGAUGUGUUGCAAAUAGAGGGCAUGGUACAAAAACUGAACCAUGUUGAACCACA